AUGUGUUAUUAUUUUGGUUCUAUUGUUCAAUCAUAUGAAAUAAUUAAAACAGAAAGUCCAAAUGAUGAUAUUGUUACAUUAUAUGAUUUAACAAAUUUAUGUGAAACAGCUCAUGACGACAAUCUAUGUACAUUACCAGUUGCUACAUUAUGUUAUAAAAUGUCAUAUAAUAUUGUAUUAAAUUCUGAUUAUCAAACAAAUAAUAAUAAAGAAGAACAAAUUUCAACAACAACACCAACACUUGAACCAUUAGAAAAUAAUUUAACUGCAACAAUUUUUUUACGGCUUAAACAAACAAUUAUUGAAGAAGAAUUAUUAGAAUGUCAACAACAAGUUGAUGAAUUAUGUACACAAGUUGAAAAAUUGAAACAAUUAGAACAAAAAAAUCUGUGUUUUAAUCAACAUGAAUCAAAUAAUUCGAAAACAUUUAUUAUUGUUAUAUCAACUGAUUGUGAACAUGAAAUUGAACCAAUUGAAAAAGGAUUUAAAGUUUAUUAG